CGCCCGGCUUCGUCUGGCGGCGCUGGAGGGCUGGGCACGGUCCCUUGGGCCUGCGAGACGGCGGCCCCUGCCCUGAGCCGCCCGUGGGGAGACGCCGGGCCGAUCCGCGGUGGGCACGGGGUGGAUCCAGGGGUGCCCGUGUGCCCCCUCGGUUUCCCGCUCCACCCAGAGCUGAACACCAACCGAUGGCAGCAGCAGCUGCAUUGCAACGCAGGCGGCACCGAGGGAGUCCAGCGCAUCUGCACCUUCGCUGGAGGGAAAGUCAUCAACCAGUGUCUCGCUGGGAGUCCAGCACAUCUACAUCUGCCUCUGCAUCUGCAUCUGUAUCUGCAGGUUCACUGGAAAGUCUCCAUCCAGUGUCUCUGGGAGUCCAGCACAUCUACACCUGCAUCUAUAUUUGCACCUGCAUCUGCACCUUCGCUGGAAGGAAAGCCACCAGCCGGUGUCUCGCUGGGAGCCCAGCACAGCUGCCUCUGCAGUUGCGCCCAUGGACGGCAGACGGAUGGCACCCAGCCCCUCUGCGCAGGGCUCCAGCGGGUGCCAGAGCCUGAAGCGCGAAUGCGAAGAGGAGCGGGAGGCGGAGGAGUUGGCCGAGGCUGCGGCUCAGGAGGAUGACGAGCCGGCCGCGGUGUUUCCACGUCUGUAUCCCUGCAAGCAGGAGGAUGUGAAACCGCGCUUUGACCAGGCCCUCCCUGAUCACAACGGUUCGUCCCUGACGCCCUCCGUGAUCCCGGCGAGCCAGCAGCGAGGCAGCGAGGCCUCGGCCCUUGAUGGCUUUUCCCUGAAACAUUCAACCACUCUGACCAACCGGCAGAGAGGCAACGAGGUCUCUGCCCUGCCGGCCACGCUCGACACUCUGUCCAUCCACCAGCUGGCGGCGCAGGGGGAACUCAGCCAGCUGAAGGAGCAUCUCCAAAGAGGUGAGAACCUGGUGAACAAGCCUGACGAGAGAGGUUUCACCCCGCUAAUCUGGGCCUCGGCCUUUGGGGAGAUCGAGACUGUCCGUCACCUGCUGGAGUGGGGCGCCGACCCCCACAUCCUGGGGAAGGAGCGGGAGAGUGCGCUGUCGCUGGCCAGCACAGGGGGAUACACCGACAUCGUGAUCAUGCUGCUGGAGAGGAACGUUGACAUCAACAUCUACGACUGGAACGGCGGCACCCCCCUGCUGUACGCGGUGCGUGGCAACCACGUCAAGUGCGUGGAGGCUUUGCUAGCUCGUGGAGCAGAUCUGACCACGGAGGCCGACUCCGGCUACACCCCUAUGGACCUGGCUGUCGCCCUGGGCCACAGGAAGGUGCAACAGGUGAUUGAAAGCCACAUCCUCAAGCUCUUUCAGAACAAGGGCCUGGAGUGACCAGGACUCGGAGGCCUUGGCUUUGCCUUUCCAAGGGACUGCAGGUGCAUCGGAUGGAGCCAACCGGGCUGGAUCCCUGCAGCAGACAAGUGCUUCAGAUGCAAGGCUGGGAGGUCCCUGGUGAGGCCGAACACAUCGACACUCCCAGGAGUCUGGCAGGAGCUGCAUCCGCGCCCAGCACCAGACCUAGCUGUUGUGCCCCCGCCCCAAGCAGGGCCCUCACCUGCUCAGGGCACACCGUCUGCCUGUGCUAAUGUUGCAUUUUGGAAGUAAAUCCUCCAGCAGUC